AUGAGAUGUACAAAUUUGAAAUCUGUCACUUUACAAGAUACAGAUACAAUUUCAGAUAGCGCUUUCAAUGGCUGUUCAUCACUUACAUCUGUAACGUUCCCUAGUAAGCCUAUUAUCAUAAAUCCUUACGCAUUUUACGGAACAGCGCUUACAACUGUAGAUGUAAGUAAGGCAACAAGUAUUGGAGCAGCAGCAUUCCAAAAUACGAAGCUCCAAACAGUAACUGUUGGUAAUAAUUUCUCAUCUCAAACAUUACCUGAAAACCAACCAUUCUACAACCUCCCAACCCUCACAAAAAUUGUAUUGGCAAGUUCGGCCACGCAAUUUUACAUCGAACCUUUCUUAUUGUGUGAAAAUCUUGCCGAAAUUACAGUGAACGGCAAUUUCAAGAACACAAAUGGAAUCAUUACAUCAUCCGAUGACAAGAAACUCAUUUGUGUCCUCCCAACGAUCAACAUCAGCCAAUAUGAAAUUCCAGAUGUAGAAACAAUCCAGAAAUACGCCUUCCAGUCAAACCAGUUCAUUACAUCAGCCACAGCAUAUUUCCCCAAGACAUUGUCUUAUACGUUCUUUAAUUGCAGAAAUUUGACUUCAUUCUCUUACAGUCCUGACGCAUCGCAGACAGAUCCAUUGCAGCUUGAAGGUACAUUUAUGGACUGCCCAAUGCUGAAAACUGUGACACUUAACGGUAAAGUUCAAUCAAUCGGAGAUGAUACGUUCAGAAACUGCGUUAAAUUAGUUGAUUUCGUUAUUCCUGAUUCUGUUACAACAAUUGGCCAAUAUUCUUUCGCCAAUACCCAAAAGAUUAAAAAUCUUACCUUAAAUGGAGUGGUAACCAUCUCUUCCUAUGCAUUUUAUGAAUCUCAUAUACGAAAAUUAGCUAUUGGAAAGGGUUUGAAGACCAUAGGAACCUAUGCUUUUGCUAAUUCCAAGAUAUCAUCGAUUAAUUUACCAAUUUAUUUAUCAACCAUUGGUGAUCAUGCCUUCUACAAGGCCGAAAAGCUCACUUCCAUCACUCUCCCGAACAUUUACGAGAUCAAAUCCAAUACUUUUUCAGGAACUAGCUUAACCCAAAUAAAUAUACCACUAUCAGUACACACAAUCGCACCAAAUGCCUUCGACCAUAUUUAUUCCGCCUUAAAGUUCUCAUUCCCUUCAGGAGGACAUCCGAAAUUUACGGUUUCCAACGACCAUGAAUUUAUUGACAAAUCCACGAGCAAGCUUCUCUUUACAUUUGGAAACCUCACGAAGACGUACAAGAUCUCCAAUUCCGUUAAAUCCUUAGAUAUAAAUUCGAUAAACACUAAUUUCUACGAACAGAGGAAUACUGGCUAUGCAUAUGAUAUUGGUGUCCAAACACUUAUCAUUCCAGCCACAGUUUCUUCAUUUGAUCCAAGUUGUCUCUCAUCAUCUUCAACAUUUUUAAGAACUCUUUGUUUUGAAGGAGACAUUACCUUCACAGCUACUACUUUAUCAUCUACUAACAUUGUUAACAUCUUUGCUCCAGCAUAUACAGGUGGUUCGACCCAAUUUACACAAGGAAAUCAAAAUAUUCCAAUUAAAAGGCAACCAUGCGACCAAACAUCGCCUUAUCCAACUUCUUAUCAAGAGAUAAAUGAUACAUGUCCACCUCCUGAGGAGAUAAUCAUUCCUGAACCAGAUAAUGAAACUAAUUCUUCUCAAAAAGUUGAAACACCAGCUCCUGAGAGCAACAGUGGAUUCAUUCCAUUGGCAGGAUGGAUGGUUGCCGUAGUAAUUGUAUUAGUUAUCGUUAUUGUCGGUUUAAUUGUUUUGUAUCUCGUAAAUCAGAAAGCGAAAUCCAUCAGAAGAGAGAAAAGAGCACAAGCCAAGGCAGAGAAACUCAAACAGCAACAAGAGGCACUCAAUAAAGAACAAGAACCACCGAAAGAACAACUCGAUGAAGAGACGAAACAAGCUGUCGAAGCUGCUGUUGCAGAAACUCAACAACAAACAGAUCAGAAUGCAAAACAAGGUGAAGGUGAUGUUGAGAAGACUAAAGAUAAUCCUUUGUUGACAUUUGGUGACUCAAAUGAAGACGCCUUCGGAGAUGACGCCGAAGAACCUGCUGAUUCACCAUUGGCUCAGGAUGAUAAUAAGGAUAAUAGUGAUUCUUCUUCUUCUAACUCUGAUGGAAAAGAAUUGCAAGAUAUUUAA